UAAAGCCUGCAUGAAGGCCAGCUGUCACUUCCUGGACUGUACACCAUAGACGCAAUGACUGUUUUUUUGUUCCUAGUCUUCCUUCCACUUUCUCAGGCUUUGCCAUUUCCCGGUGGUGUUGAAUCCAACAGAACCCUUGAAAAACCUCUUGGUAUAAAUGACAUAAACACAGCUUUUGGUUUGGACCUUUUUGAAGGUGACAUUAAAAAUGAUGUGAAAAUGGAUAGAAAUUCAAUCCGAGGAGAUCAAUACAGAUGGCCACUGACUGUCCCAUAUUACCUAGAAGAUAGUCUAGAAAUGAAUGCCAGAGGAGUUAUCUUACAUGCAUUUGAACGUUACAGACUCAAAACAUGCAUUGAUUUUAAACCGUGGGAGUGGGAAAAUAAUUACAUAUCUGUUUUCCGUGAUAAUGGCUGUUAUUCGUAUAUUGGAAACAGACGCUUAGGAAAACAAAUUCUUUCUAUCGGAACUAGUUGUGAUACUGUAGAAAUCGUCCAACACGAGUUGUUCCAUGCACUUGGAUUCUUUCAUGAGCAAUCAAGAUCAGAUCGAGAUGACUAUGUCACCAUUAUGCGGGAGGAAAUUCUAGAUGGCAAAGAAAAUAAUUUUGUGAGUUACACGGAUUCAGUGUCUGACUCUCUAAAUGCCCCGUAUGAUUAUACAUCUCUAAUGCACUACCGCAAGACAGAUUUCCAGAAAGGUAGCAAUCCAACAAUUAUAACAAAGAAUCCUCAAUUCAGUAAUAUAAUUGGGGGACAGAUGGAUUUAAGUGAAAUUGAUGUCCUGAAGUUAAAUCGACUGUACAAUUGCACAACACCAUUAACCUUCAUGGAUUCAUGCACCUUUGAUUUUGAUGAUAUAUGUGGAGCUCUUCAAAGUUCAGAUAAUGGCAGCAGUUGGCAACGACUUACCUCUGUUCUAGGGGGGCCUACAUCUGAUCAUACAUACUUAAAUGACGUAAAAGGCUAUUUCAUGCAUUUUAGCACCAGCACUGGAAAUCCUGGAGAUAAAGCCAUACUGAAAAGCAGACUUUUCUACCCAAAGAGAGGAUUUCAGUGUUUGGAGUUCUUUUACUAUAACAGUGGCAAUGAAAGUGACCACCUGGAAAUAUGGAUUGAAGAGUACACCUCCUCCUCGAACAGUAAACUGAGGUUUAUCAGCAGUAUAACAGGUCCUCCGGCUAAUUACUGGCAGCUACACCAUUCUGCAUUAAAUGCAACACAAAAAUUCAGAUAUGUGUUUUAUGGAAUCAAAGGAAAUGCAUCCUCCACUGGUGGUUUUUCAAUUGAUGACAUCAACCUAUCAGAAACUGAGUGUCCUGAAAAUGUUUGGCAUAUCAGAAACUUCAACAUUAAUUUAACUAAAGCAGGCAUCCUUAGUCCACCAUAUUACUCAAAAGAUGGCUAUGCAUUUCAGAUCCAGUUACAAGAACGAUCUGUACCACAAUUACCAUUUAACUUGGCAGUUUACCUUCAUUUGAUAUCUGGCGCUAAUGAUAACCACCUUCAAUGGCCAUGUGCCUGGAGACAAGCUACAAUAGAGUUCAUGGACCAGAAUCCAGAUAUUACUCAACGCACAUCAAAUGCAAAGAGCGUUACGACAGAUCCAAAUGUACAAUCAGGUAACAUGUAUUACUGGGAUAAUCCUGCAAUUGUUGGACAAGAGAAAACCUUCUUAAAUGGGACGAAAUAUAAUCAGACUCAAGGAUUGGGCAUGUAUUUCUUUACUGUUGAAGAAUGGUUUUACAGGAGAGACUUUCUCAAAGGAAGAGAUGCUUUCAUUUUUAUAUCCAUGAAAGAUAUAUCUAACCUAUUGAAACCUCAGCCAACAGCCCCUCCAACAGUCAGCACACCACAGUGCAGUGCCAAUAUGUGCAUGAAUGAUGGGGUGUGUGUGAUGGAAAAUAUGAAACCUGUGUGCAGGUGCAAAACAUAUGGUGAAUUUUGGUAUGUGGGUGAAAGGUGUGAGAAAAAAGUUGCAAGCAACUCGAACGGAGGAAUGUCUUCUUCAAUUGCCCUGUGUGUCUCCAUGGUGAUGUUCAUUCUUGCAAAUGAUAUCUAAUGCAAUGUCACCAAGUGUCACCUUGCACAGCAGCAAGCUUAAUAAAGUCCAUUAUGAAUCCAUUUUUCUUAAAUUAUGUUUUGGCUGAGAAAAAAAUCACAAAAUAUACUGGCUUUAUUUUUUUUUCAAUAAGUAUUAACCUGAGGUAACUUGGAUUUGGCUUUCAAUUGCUGAAACAGAAUUAGAAAUGCAGAAAAAGAAUAUGGCAUUGACUGUGAUAAAUAUAUAAGUAUAAAAUAAUAAACUGACUAAAUCAGAUUCUGUGUUUUCUAUAGACAUACAUUUGUUUUUGUACCAAUACGAUAUCGUCCGAAAAUUCAGUUUUUUUUGUAUUCGUUUACUAAAAUGUAAACGAAAGCCCUACGAACGAAAUCUAAAUGAAACAAAAGGGCAAUGCCGAAUGCAUUACCUUUUCAUUUCAUUUCGCUUGUUUAAUAGACUCUGUGCAGAGCAAUUAACCUCCACAGCGUGGAGAGAUAACAGUGCAAAAAACAAGGAGGGAGCCGGCAGUGCUACCAGCUUCCUUCUUGUAAUACAUAU